AUGAAAGUGUUAGCAAUAACACUAUGUGUUCUCUUGUUUUUUAUUUUGACAAACACCAAGUUUGUUGUUUGUGUAGGCAUUUGCAGAGAAACUGAGCAACUAGCAUUGGAGAGCUUGAAGAAAGAAGUAGAUGAUCCCUCGGAUCUUCCCUCUUCUUGGGUUGCUGGAAUAGAUUGUUGCGAAUGGGAAGGGGUCGUGUGCAACAAUCUAACUCGUCAUGUGAUUGAGCUACAGAUAAUUGGUGAUUCGGAAGAAUCGAGAUAUCUAAGGAUCAAUAGCCUUGAGUGGCUGCCAAGUCUUUUGAAUCUUGAGAACCUGGAUAUGGACAGUGUGGAUCUUAGCAACGCUACUCAAUGGCUACAGGUUAUUAACAUGCUUCCUUCUCUGGUUGAUCUUCGUUUAGUCAAUUGUGGUCUUCAUCAUAUAACACCUCUACUUCAUCACAAUUUUUCUUCACUUGAAACUCUCGAUCUUUCCCGGAACAACUUUAGUUCUCCUGUUCCCAAAUGGGUUUUCAACCUCGCCAGUCUCGUUUCUCUUGAUUUGAGUAGUAGUAAUUUUACUGGCCCGUUUCCUGACGGUCCAGUUAACUUGACUUCUCUCACAUCCUUCAGGGCUUCUCACAACUCUUUCAAUUGUCUUUUGCCCAGAUGGUUGUUUGAUCUAAGUAAUCUUGAAUAUCUUGCGCUAGCCAAUAGUAGUAUUAAAGGUGCAAUAUCGAGUAAGAUCGGAAACAUAACAAACCUUAAAUCUCUCGAUCUUUCUGAUAAUAUGCUUCUUGGAAAGUUACCAAAUGUAAUUGGAAAGUUAUGGAAAUUAGAAUAUGUUGAACUCUCAGAUAAUCUAUUUGAUGGAGAAGUAUCUGAAUUAUUCAACGGUAGGAGUAAUUUCUUUUCAGCGGAAACGAGAAAUACUUCUUCUUUGGGUUUUUUGAGACUAAAAAACAAUAAACUCACCGGAACUCUUCCUAAAAGUCUUGGCCAACUUUCAAUGCUAGUACACUUUUACAUCUAUAACAAUAGGCUGGAAGGUGUUGUAACAGAAAGUCAUUUCUCUGAACUAACACAACUAAAGCACUUCGUUGCAUAUGGAAAUAAUCUAACUUUAAAAGUGAGUGAAAAUUGGAUUCCACCUUUUCAAGCCACGUACAUUGCAAUAGGCGGCUGGAAUAUAGGCCCUCUAUUUCCCAUGUGGCUCCGAACUCAGAAGAUGAUAACGCAAGUUGACAUAUCAGAUGGUGGAAUACAAGGUGAGGUUCCAACUUGGUUUUGGAACUUGUCUUCUCAAACUCAAUCUCUCAAUCUUUCUCACAACCAAUUUGUUGGUGAGCUUCCAAUCACCUCAACACCUUCUUGGUCAGUUGAGCAAUUGUACUUGGGUUCCAACAAUUUUAGUGGACCACUACCGCUGAUUUCAACCAGUGUAACUGAGCUAGAACUCUCGAACAAUUCUUUUUCAAAAGGUUUAUCUAACUUUUUGUGUGAAUCAAAGGAUGGAUCAUACAAUUUGGAUUAUUUAAAUCUUGGGGAGAAUGAUUUGUCAGAAGAAAUUCCUGAUUGUUGGAUGAAUUGGCCAGAGUUGAAAGUUUUAGUUCUGAGGGACAAUAACUUGAUUGGAGGCAUACCAAGAUCCAUGGAGGUUUUGAGUAAUUUGCAAUCGCUGGACUUACGAAGAAAUAGACUUACUGGUCCAUUUCCUUCAUCCUUGGGAAACUGCACAAAAUUGCUUAAAAUAGAUUUGGCUGAGAAUGAGUUUGUUGGGGAAUUACCAUCUUGGUUGGGAAUGAGGUUUCCGGCAUUGAUAAUCCUUAUCCUUCGGUCCAAUAAAUUCGAUGGUGAAUUGCCUCAAGAACUUUGUCACCUCAAAGAUCUUCAGAUCUUAGACCUCGCAAACAAUACAUUUAUUGGAAUCAUACCAAGGUGUAUUAGCAAUUUCAGUGCAAUGAUCAAAGAAAAACCGAUAUUAGAUGAUUACAAGUUAUAUUAUUCUUUAGAAUUUAGAGUUCUGAGAGAGAGUGCAAGGGUGACGACUAAAGGCAACAUUUACCAGUAUGACACCAUUUUGCGGUUGUUUACAAGUAUGGAUAUGUCUAGCAAUAAUCUUUCUGGAGAUAUUCCUGAAAGUCUAACACGUCUUGCAGGAUUAAGAUCAUUUAAUAUUUCAAAAAAUAAUCUAACUGGUAGAAUUCCAAAUAACAUUGGUGACAUGAAAGUAUUGGAAUCUAUUGAUCUUUCAGAAAACCAACUUUAUGGUCAAAUCCCACAAAGCUUUUCGAGUUUGUUCACUUUGAGCUACUUGAAUCUAUGUGAUAACAAUUUAUCAGGUAUGAUACCAUUGAGCACUCAACUUCAAAGCUUUGAUCCCACGAGUUUUCAAGGAAACAAACUCUGUGGGCUUCCACUCUUAGUAAACUGCAAUUUAGGUGGUACAGUUCCUAAUGUUGAGUAUGAUGAAGAUGAGAGUGAUGAAGAUGAAGUGGAUUGGUUCUACAUUUCAAUGGCAAUAGGAUUUGCACUAAGCUUUUGGGGUGUAUGUGGUUCAUUGCUUUUCAAGAGAUCAUGGAGACAUGCUUAUUUUCGUUUCUUAGACCGUAGCUGGGAAAUGUUGCUUGCAAAGGCCCCGAUAUGUUGA